AUGUCGACCGACGCACGCAACGCCGCCAUUCGCGACGCAAAACGCUACGUGCUCGAAAUCCUCCGCAACGACUGGACCUUCGAACCCUCCACAGACUCCGGCCUCCCAGCUCGAUGCUCACCCCGCGACCCAGACCACGACGUCCUGGAAUGGCGUCUCCGCGAAUACGACAGUUCGGGGUCUGAGCUGGAACCCCAGACGUCCCCGGCCAUUGGGGGCCCCACGACCCGCGCGCCGACUGCCUACGACGACUCGUCGUCGCAGCCGUCCAGCCCUGUCCUGUCCGCCGCUGGGGGACGCGCUGAGCGCCGUCGCAAACGCCGCCGACAAAUGGAGGAGGAGAUGCGCUGGAACGAGGGCUUGAGAACGUGGGUGGAGCGACGCGAUGCGUGGACCGGGGCUCGGACGCGGAGCGAUAUUUGUCGGGGGGAGGGUGCGCCGUCGGCGUCUGUCGCGGAAGGGAGUAGCAUGGAUGGCGGGGCGUCAUCGUCGUCUGCGACUGCCGGUGUUGGCAUUGGAAGCCAGGAUACGUAUUCUGGAUCUACAUCGUCGCGGCCGCUGUCUCGCAGUGGCGAGUCGUCGAAUCUGGCGGCGAAGACGGACGCGUGUCUGAGCCUCGCGGAGCAGGACGCGCAGUCUCAGCCGGACCGCGAAGGGGAAGAACGCUCCGUGGAUUUGGAGAACAAGCGGAAGGAGUCCACGGAGACGGGGAUCACCGAGCCUGAUCAUACGCAUAAGCCGACAGUACCGGAGGCUGUUACGGGGACUACUCCGGCCCCUGCGCCGGCGACGGCAGCAGCUACCGCGAUGGCUUCGUCCGUUCAUCACCAGCCAGGCGUAUCCGAGGAGCCCCUCAUACCGGUGGCGCCCUCGCUCAUUCCGGCGUCGAAUCCCAUCCGCGCCUCGAUCACCCCAGCCAUGUACCCGUCCAUCUACUCGAAGGUGGUCAUCCAGGGUCUCACGCCGACGGUCCCCAUCAACCUGGCCGAUGUGACUAAGGCAAUGGUGCAAGGGUGGAAGUCCGACGGACAAUGGCCGCCUAAACCGGCCACGACGAACAUUGUGCUAGCGGAUGAUGCGACAGUGCCCCGGGUUGACGACGCGGCGGACAAGCCGGCGUCGCCAGAGUCGAAGCGGAGGUCUAGUGUGGCCAAUGCAGUGCGCAAGGUCUUUAAUUUCUCAGGAUUCCAUCCACACCCUUUCCAUCGCCGUGGCUCCAGCCAUAGCAGCAACCAACACCCAGAGGCUCACGAUGGGCAAGCAGCCGAGGGUAGCAGUGUUGCUGCUGGUUCUGCGAAUGCUGUGCACCCGGAGCGGCGGUAG